AUGGCCGGUCCGAGUCGUCCUGUACAUGUACAAAUAGUCUCGCCCAGAGCCUUUUCGCUGGAUCCGCGUUACGAGCAAACUCGCACCCCUGCACAAGGCAUUCUCCGCCAAGGUCGUGUGUUUUCCAAAGAGCGGAGUGCAAGCUGCCUCUUGCGUCUCCCCGACGAGAUCUUGUGGGUCGUCACGGGCUUCGUCGCCGAGGAGUGUCACGGUCGCUAUUUGUCCCAGUUUGCUCUGACACACAGCGAAUGCAGACAGCUUGCGCGUCCGUACCAAUUUGCCAAUGUCUGGAUCACGCGCAGCGAGACCUCUUGGGGGUUCCUGCGUUACCUCAAGAACGAAGAGGCCGGUGUUGACACACCCUCCAUCGGCUGUCUCAUCCGCUCCUUGACUUUCACCAUUGACGCCGAUUUUGGAAGCUACUAUGCCGACUGGGACUAUUACAAGAAAAUUGAAGAGUGGACUGAGUAUUGGGGGCGGAUGGUGGACGACCUUGCAGAUGUUAUACGAAACAAGACACCCAUGCUCGACCAGAUUCAUUGGGUGGAUGCGGGUGAACUCGACUUGCGCGGGAAUCUAUUCGCCUCUGUGGUCGGGCAUGCGACUCGCUCGGGCCAUUUGAAAAGACUAUACUUGGAAGAUCACGAGAUCAGCUACUAUAAGGGUUCAGACGGUUCUGAUGAUUAUUACCGUCUCCAAAAGGCAUUCCCAAGUGCGCAAACGCUCCCGCUCAGAGACUUGGCCUUUGGCUUCGGCCGCCUCGACGAGUGCUGGCACCAUGAUUACGGCGUUGCAUCCAGGAUCGUGGAAACAUUUCUGCAAAGAUCCGCACAGACACUGGAGUCUUUUGCGCUCAAUGCACUCUUCGGCAGCGGUCCGGACACGAGGGCCGACUGUCAAAUGACCGGUUUCAGGAACGGGCCCAUUUCCUUCCACAAGCUGCGCAAGUUUUGGACAUACUCCAAACUCUAG